AUGAGGCAUGGCGAGCCAACUGAUGUGCAAUAUCAGUUGAGGAAUAGUGGCGACGAGGCACUGCUAGACUGCCAACUGGAGCUAAUAACGCCACGCGACAAGAUUCAGAUGGUCAAAUAUGAAAAGAUUUUAAAAGCAAUACCACCUGGAGAAUCUGCUUCACUGAAAGUUACGUUUGUUGCAUCUAGUUACACUGUUGACACCACUGCUACUUUGCAAUUCAAAUGCAUCGAAACUCAACGAAAAUUAAUCAGGUAA